GAGACGGCACAGCAAGAGUAGGUUUCGACAGACACAGUCAAAUUGGAUUUAAUUGAAAAAACAAAAGACUAAAUUUUAUUUCCGGAUCUUUUUUGUUAAGAGCCGUAAUUGCCUAUCAAACGCUAGUGUAAUCGAUUGGAGGCGCAUGAAUACGGUUGGUGUGUGUGAGAACACUGAGAACUGUUUUGCAAGCUUCCGAACCGCUGGUCGUUGAGCCCACUACGUGUUGUGGUGGAAGCCAGGCCGAGCGCGGGCUGCGGCGCGGCACCGGCACCCGCACUUUGCACUUUAACAAGAUUUGCGUGAAGCUCACUCGAAGAAAUGGAUUUAUUGCGAGUAACUGUCGUUUUUGGAUAGUUUGGAUUUUUAUGUAGGCGGCGGCAUGUGGCGCGGGCCUCGCUGGCGCUGGGCGCUGGCGCUGCUGCUGGCGGGCGCGCUGGUGUGGGCGCUGCGCGGCGGCACGGGCGGCGCCGUGCGCCUGCGCUCGCCCGACCAGUGGGUGGAGGGCCGCGAGCUGCCGCUCAUCUUCAUCGGCGGCGUGCCGCGCUCCGGCACCACGCUGAUGCGCGCCAUGCUGGACGCGCACCCCGACGUGCGCUGCGGGCAGGAGACGCGCGUCGUGCCGCGCAUCCUGCAGAUGCGCCAGCACUGGGCGCACUCCGCCAAGGAGUCCGUCCGCCUCGAGGCCGCCGGCGUCUCUAAGGCGGUGCUCGACAACGCCAUCGCGGCCUUCUGCCUGGAGGUGAUCGCGGGGCACGGCGAGCCGGCGCCGCGGCUGUGCAACAAGGACCCGCUGGUGCUGAAGAUGGGCAGCUACGUGCUAGAGCUCUUCCCCAACGCCAAGUUCCUCUUCAUGAUGCGCGACGGCCGUGCCACCGUGCAUUCCAUCAUCAGCCGCAAGGUGACAAUCACUGGAUUCGACCUGACGUCGUACCGGCAGUGCCUCACCAAGUGGAACCACGCCGUGGGCCUCAUGUACCAGCAGUGCAAGGCGCUGGGGCCGGCGCGCUGCCUGCCGGUGCGGUACGAGGCGCUGGUGCUGCGGCCGCGCGAGACGCUGCGCGCCGUGCUGGCCUUCCUCGGGCUGCCGUGGACGGACGCCGUGCUGCACCACGAGCGCUACAUCAACCAGCCCAACGGCGUCGCGCUCUCCGACGUGGAGCGGUCGUCGGACCAGGUGGUGCGGCCGGUGAACCUGGACGCGCUGGACAAGUGGGUGGCGGCCAUCCCGGCCGACGUGCGCGCCGACAUGGCCGAGCUGGCGCCCAUGCUGUCCGUGCUGGGCUACGACCCCUGGGCCAACCCGCCCAAGUACGCCGACCCGGAGCCGGGCCGCGCUCCCGUCGCUCCCCCCGCGCCCGCCGCGCACGCCGCGCACGCCGCGCACGCCGCGCACGCGCCCAGGCCGCCCUAGGGAACAAUAUAUGGCCAUGUACUUUA